AUGAGUUCAUACCUGCGUACAAUAAAUCAAUAUGAAUUGGCAGCAAAAUAUUAUUCCAGGUCAAAGAGCAUGGUGAUGGGCGAAAUGACUCGGGGCUCGUGCCAGCCGGCUUCACCGAGUCUCCAGGAGGGGGCACUGAAGGCCGGCUGGCUGAAGAAGCAGCGCAGCAUCAUGAAGAACUGGCAACUAAGAUGGUUUGUGCUACGGUCAGAGCAGCUCGACUUCUACAAGGACGAGGAGGAAACCAAACCACAGGGCUGUAUACCUCUGCUAGGAUGUCAGGUGAAUGAGUUAACAGCCAACCCUGAUGAACCAGGAAGACACCUCUUUGAAAUUGUACCAGGUGGAACAGGGGAGAAGGACCGUGCACCAAUUAGCCAUGAAUCAUUCCUCCUCAUGGCUAAUUCCCAGACGGAUAUGGAUGACUGGGUCAAAGCCAUACGGAGGGUCAUUUGGGCACCGUUUGGAGGAGGGAUAUUUGGCCAACGGUUAGAGGACACUGUGCAGUAUGAGAAAAAGUUUGGCCCGCGGCUGGCCCCCCUGCUGGUAGAGCAGUGUGUGGAUUUCAUCAGGGAGAGGGGCUUAGACGAAGAGGGUCUCUUUCGAAUGCCAGGGCAAGCCAACUUGGUCAAAGAUUUACAGGAGGCCUUCGACUGUGGCGACAAGCCUCUUUUUGAUAGUAACACAGACGUGCACACUGUGGCAUCUUUACUGAAGUUGUAUCUGCGAGAGCUGCCUGAACCUGUCAUUCCUUUCUGCAAAUAUGAAGACUUCCUAACAUGCGCACAGCUUUUGGCCAAAGAUGAAGCGGAGGGGGUUCAGGAGCUAGGAAAACAGGUUAACAUAUUACCUCUGCCGAACUACAAUCUUCUCAAGUACAUAUGCAAAUUCCUUGAUGAAGUCCAGUCUCACUGUAAUGAAAACAAGAUGAGCGUCCAGAAUCUCGCGACGGUGUUUGGGCCUAAUAUCCUUCGACCUAAAAUGGAAGACCCAGUCACUAUCAUGGAAGGUACAUCUUUAGUCCAGCACCUAAUGACGGUCCUUAUCAGGGAACACAAGUGUUUGUACUCAGGGAGGGACCAGGAAGGCCUCACUGUACCCCAAACGGAGCAUCAGCUCAUUAAUCGUAGCCUCGGUGCCUGGAUCUCUGAAGAGGACCUGCAAAGCUUCCCCAUCCCCAAUCCAGAACAAGAACUGAACAGCAGUGCCUCCUCACUUGAAGCCAAACUGUGCGCCGCCGUCACUCCUACGCAGACCCCUAGCCCAAAACUGGGGUCUUCGUCAGCCAAGGUGGAGACAGUGGUGAGCCCGAGUAAACAAGCCAAGAGCAUCCAGUCGUGGAAGUACUCUUUUAAAAGCUCCUCAACGCCUCGUUCUCAACCGCAGCCCAAGCAGAGUGGCUCGGUGGUGGAACCCAAUACUGUGUCUUCUGGUGGGGGAGGAAGUAGUAACUGGCUAAUGAAUGGUUUGUCCUCCUUGAGAGGGCACAGACGCACCUCCUCAGGCGAAAGGUCUACCCGAGACCGUGACUCCACCGGCUCCUCGCAAAGACUCUCUACCUACGACAAUGUCACCUCCUCCUCCAGCAUGGGCAGCGUUCAGAGUGUAGGCAGCACCCCUUGGUCCACCUCCUCCUGUGAGAUCUCAGUUCCAGAUUCUGGGAACGGCGAUCCAUUGGCCCACCGAAACUGCGCGGAAGUCGGGGACAAGGCAGAGUGGACGGAGGGUCAGCAGGAAGCCAACAGAUGUCCAGACGGUGGAAUAACUACAGAUCCAAGCUCAGAACAGGACAGCUGUGAGGCAAUGGAGUUGUGCAGCAGCAGCGCAGCCUGCAGCGAGAAUGGAAACGUGAGCGUGAUAGCCGGAGUCCCAUCCAUCAUCAUGUCUGACGAAGGAGACACGACAAAUGUCACGCUGAGCAGUCUGGUAGAGGACCUCAAGGACGAGCUCAGGAAACAGAAGACGGCUUAUGAGGCAAGGAUCCAAAAGUUAGAAGACUCCAGUGCUGCUCUGUGUGCUCACAUGGAGCGUUUGGAGCAGGAGAUGGAGCAAGAGAAGAAGAGGCAGCGUAUGCUGGAGAUCAAACUUCGGAACUCUGAGCGAGCUCGAGAGGAUGCCGAGAACCGUAACAAACUUUUGGAGAAGGAGAUGGAGGACUUCUUUUCCACCCUGGGAGAUCUUACCAUGAGUACAAGGACCAGCGAUAUUUGA